AUGAAGUUCUUAUUCCAGUGCCCCUGCUGCUCUUGUUUCUGCUUCAUGAAGCCCAAGAAAGGCAAGGCAAGGGUGAAGGCAGCAGCAACUGUAGCAUCCAAGGAUGAGAAGAAGGUUGAAACCAAGGAAGAGAAGAAGGUUGAAUCCAAGGAAGAGAAGAAAGAAUGA